AACUCCAAAAGCCACGUCAAGAAAAAAAGAAGACUCCAGAAGCCUGGCGCACCUGACCCACCUUACCUCACCUCACUUCUCGCUCAGGCAGCGGCGAUUCCGAAUCGGCCGGCGGCGCGGGUGAAGUAUGUGCUGGCCCUCUCCCUCUCUUUCUCUCUCGGGUUGUUGGGUCUCCCGCUGUCCCGUUCUCUCGCUGGCGGGUGAAUGGCGGCUGGUGGCUGUAGCUCCUGCUCCGAUUUCUCUCUGACCGGAUGUCUCUCUGAACUGAUUCCCCUUGCUCCGAUUUUCCCCUGACUCAAAUUCAUCUGGGACCGACGGCAAGCCCACGACCAGGGUGGAUAGCAGCUCUCCCUUCGGCGAUUUCCCCCUCAGCAAGACGGCCUCAACAACUUUAUAUGCUACGUAAUAAUGGCAUUGACAAAUGAUCCAUGUGGGGGCCAUUGUGGAAGCAAACCGCACACCUUUCAAAAAGCUAAAGUACUCUUCAGAAAGGAGCACCUUCCAGUCGCCUCCAGCAAAACCCAUCCAUGGACCCAGGACAUCCAGAGCAGCAACGUCAUUUCCGAUCUUGCUGAAGGGGAGAGAGAGAGAAAAAGGGUAAUUUGUCAUGUUCUAUCUGCUGUUCGCUUUGCUUCUGUUCACUCAUAUAGCUGGCAAGGGUGAUUGUGUGGUACUUGGAUGGAAUGACAACACCGAUCUGCACUCGUUGCUUGAAUUCAAGCAGGCAAUAACCAAAGAUCCAACAAGGGCCUUGAGCUCCUGGAACAGAAGCACCAACUUCUGCAGAUGGAAGGGUGUUACCUGCAGUGCAGAUAGACCAAAAAGGCAUGUCAUGAAGCUCGAACUUGCAGCACAGAGUUUGGUGGGACAUAUCUCCCCUUCUCUUGGAAAUCUCACGUACCUUGUUACCAUUAACUUCUCCACAAACAGCUUCUCUGGGAACCUACCACCUCUCUUCCACCGUCUGCAAAACCUGCAGAUUCUUGACCUGAGCAACAAUCUCUUGCAUGGGGUGAUCCCUCAAGGACUUGCAAAUUGCUCUGAUCUGAGGAAGCUAGAUCUGUAUGGGAACUCGCUACAAGGCAAAAUCCCCGAAGAGAUAGGCCUCCUCUCACACCUAUCCAUUCUGGAGCUUUCGGUGAAUAAGCUAACUGGGACCAUCCCAGCAAAACUCAGCAACAUCACUUCCUUGGAGAUACUCCAUGUUACAGGCAAUCAGCUUGAAGGAAGAAUUCCACAUGAGUUUGGGAGACUGUCAAAGAUGCGGCAACUGCUCCUGGGGGGGAAUAGACUAUCAGGUGAGAUACCAGUAGCCCUCUUUAACCUGACUCUGUUGAGAGAACUGGACCUGGAUUCAAAUGAGCUAGGAGGCACGUUACCAUCUGACAUGGGCGACACCCUCCCUAAUCUGGAGACCCUUGAGCUUGGUGGUAACAUGAUUGAAGGCCAUGUCCCUGCUUCACUAGGCAACGCAUCAAGACUAUCUACGAUAAACAUGCCAGUUAACAAUUUCACAGGCCACGUUCCAAGUUCUUUUGGUAAACUUCAGAAGCUGUAUAGUCUAAACCUUGAAAGAAACCAGCUUAAAGCAAAUGAUGACCAAAGCUGGGAGUUUCUGGCAGCACUAAGCAAUUGCAGCCUUCUAGACAUGCUCUCACUGUACGGAAAUCAGCUAGAAGGAGUUCUACCAGACACUGUUGGCAAUCUGUCUGCUGGUAUUCAAAGCCUUCUUUUGGGAACAAACAACCUGUCAGGGAUGGUACCCUUAAGCAUAGGGAACCUUAAAAACCUGACUAAAUUUUCAUUAGCCUACAAUGGUUUUACUGGUACAGUUGAAGGAUGGAUUACAAAUAUGAAAAAGCUGCAAGGUCUGAAUCUUCAUGGAAAUAACUUCAAUGGGUCCAUUCCAUUGUCCAUUGGCAAUCUUACCCAAUUAUCAGUGCUAUAUAUGGACAAUAACAAAUUUGAUGGUGUCAUACCAUCUAGCCUUGGAAACCUUCGGCAGCUCUCAGAUUUGGAUCUUAGUUAUAAUAAUCUCCAAGGUAACAUACCAAAAGAGAUUUUAGCUUCAGGCUCAAUGACCAACUGCAUACUGUCCUACAACAAUUUGGAAGGUGUACUACCUCCAGAGGUUGGCAGCCUUCAGCAACUCACAGAACUUCAGCUUUCGUCCAACAAGCUUACCGGAGCAAUUCCAAAGACCUUGGCCCAAUGUAAACAAUUGGAAACCAUCAAAAUGGAUCAAAAUUUCUUCACAGAAGAUAUUCCGAUAUCUCUGGGUGAUCUGCAGAGCUUGACAACACUUAAUCUUUCACACAACAAGUUAUCAGGUGCCAUCCCAACAGCUCUAGGUGAUCUGAAAAUCCUUACCCAACUAGAUCUCUCUUACAAUCAUCUUGAAGGAGAAAUACCAACAAAAGGAGUAUUCAAGAACACUACUGCUAUUUCUCUCAAUGGAAACAAGGAGCUCUGUGGUGGAGUAACUGACCUGCAAAUGCCUUCAUGCCCUAUCGUUUCUCAUAAGAAAGGAGUACCGUACUACAUGGUCAGAGUACUGGUUCCUGUAGUUGGUUUGGCAUUACUCGUUUUGUUAAUCUACUUUGCAGUAUUCAGGAACUUGUCAGGCAGACCACAUUCAUCCCUGCCUUCUUUCCAUAGCCAAUUCCCAAAAGUAUCUUACAAGGAUCUUCUUCAAGCCACUAGCAAUUUCUCUGAGUCUAACUUGGUUGGAAGAGGAAGCUGCAGUUUCGUGUACCGAGGACAGUUAUUGCCAGUCAAUGCAGAGGUAGCUGUGAAGGUUUUUGAGCUGGAGAUGCAAGGUGCAGAUAUAAGCUUCAUGUCAGAAUGUGAAGCGUUGAGAAGUACGCGGCAUCGAAAUAUUCUUCCAAUCCUAAGUGUAUGCUCGACAAUAGAUUAUAAAGGCAAUCCUUUCAAGGCUAUAGUUUAUGAAUUCAUGCCGAAUGGGGACUUGGAGACAUGGUUGCAUCCAGCAAGUGAUUUGGAAGAUCCACAUUACCUAGGGAUAAUACAGAGAGUAAAUGUUGCCAUUAACAUAGCUGAUGCAUUGGAUUAUUUACACCAUGACUGUGAAAGACACAUCAUCCAUUGUGAUCUGAAGCCCAGCAAUAUCCUUUUAGAUGCAGAUAUGGUUGCCCAUUUAGGAGACUUUGGCAUUUCAAGGGUUUGUGUCCAAACUAGCUCACAAUCAUCAGCUGGAAACUAUUCAAGUCCGGUUAAUUCCGCUAGUGUUAACGGAACUAUAGGUUAUAUUGCUCCAGAGUAUGGUGGAGGAAGCCAUGUAUCAACCUCCGGGGAUGUAUACAGUUAUGGAGUAUUACUUCUAGAGAUGCUGACAGGCAAAAGCCCAACUGAUCCUAUGUUCAAUAAUGGACUCAACAUCAUCAACUACGUGGAGAACAAUCUGCCAGACAACAUAUUUCAUGUUGUUGAUGCUUAUCUCCAAGAGGAAAGUGAGGGCCUUGCCCAAGCAUAUACGGAAGAACAAAAUGCAGUCUACCAAUGCUUUCUGUCCCUACUGAAAGUGGCAGUUUCUUGUGCACUCCAGGACCCGUCAGAACGAAUCAGCAUGAGAGAGGUAUCCAAAAAACUAAAUGGGAUAAAGAUGUCUUUACCCUUUGAGUGAAAACCAGCCAUAUAUAUAUAUUUCGGCAUUCGGUUUGUAUAAUAUACCAUGUUGGAUAUUGUUGUGUGGGUAAAAAGUAGCAUAAAAUUUUCAUCCCCUUGACAGGAUGAACUUGCCCGGAUUCUAGGAAUUUAAGAUUUGAUUUGAGUUGUAGUAGUUGCUUGGCCUUCGUUCAAACUGUACGGUCAAUGCAUAAACAAGAAGUUAUCUAGAGAAGUCCACUGCAUUUGGCAGCACAA